UUUAAAAUGCUAAAGAACAUUCUUUUUGGAGUUACAAAAAAAUAAAAUAAAAAUAAAUAAAAGCACUGAGUAAGCUUUGAUGUCUAUCUGCCACAAUGACCAGCCAGUAUUAACAAAAAAAGGUUAAUUGCCACCCAUGACUCUUUCUGCCACUUCCCACCCAGCUCACAGACUCACUUCCAUAAACAGCAAACACACUCACACUGCACAGAUGGAAACAAAACAUAUCUUUUCUUGCCUUUUAAAGGGAGAGAGUGGAGAUAUAAACCCACGGUGAAAACAGCUCUUCUAAAAGAAAUGGGACUUAGUCUCUUAGAGGUAGAUGUUUGAUAGAGAGAGAGAAGCAUCUUCUUGACUUCUUACAUGGUUCCUGCUUAAAGAGUUGCAGUCGAAGUUUGGUAGUCUGAUUGCCUACCAGCUUAUUCACUUCAGAAGAUCAUGGAAUGUUGAUAUGUGGGAAGGAAUCGGUGCUGUGAUUCCCCAGGCGAUGGAAAAAAUAACAUUGACAAUUCAACAUCUUCAAUUUAUGUGAUGAUCCAGAGUUAGUGAGUUCAUGAUGUCCGCCAGCUCUAAAAUGGCAGAGCAACUGAAACUGCAUCAACGCUGGGAGUUUAGGAGGAAAGACAAUGAUUCCGAUUCUUCUAGCAAUGAUUCAAAACCAAGUGGCGAGCCAGCUCUCAAAACAUGCAAACUGAUCUCCAGCUUCAUUUCAGUUGACAAUGAGGAAACUAGCGAGGCUAGUAAACUGCACCAGAAUGGGAACUGUGAUCCUGGUAUUUCGGACCAAAUGAAAUAUGGGAAAGCUGAAAAUGGCCGGAGGAGGAGGAAGAGUAAAAGGGAUGAUUCAGCUCCUAAUGAUAUAAAGAAGGGCCCUCGUAAAGGAGUCCGCCGUAAGAAGAGUAAAACUAUUACUGAUGAGCAGGCUGUAUUUUAUGAUCUUAAGAAAUACAUGAACUUCUUAUUGGAGGAUCUUAAAGUUUCAAGAGAGAAUUUGUUGAAGUGGAUGAGGGAAGAAAUGCAGAAAUUGGUGGCAGAGGAGACAGUUUCUGAGCUGGCAACAAGAGAAUGCAGCUUCAGAGGAGAGAAAGUUCAAUUGCAGAACCAAACCAACUUUGAGGAGAAUGCGGAAGUUCAGCACCGAAACAUCUUCGAGAAGAACAUACCGGCACAACAUCAAAACAACAUUCAGGGGUAUGGCCAACUGCAGGCCCAUAAAGAGUUUGAGGAGAACGUCCACAGGCAGAACCUAAUCAAUUUCGAGAACACUGAAGUGCAUCAUCAGGAGACCAUUUUCCUGCAGAAUCGAAAUGCCUUCAAAUCUUUCGAAGGGGCUCAAGACUGCAAUGACGAAUCUACAGAGAGGUUUAGUGAAACCAAUAAAUCAGCUGAUUUUAGUAAUUGCAGUCUAUCAUUGUACAGUCAAGCUGGUUAUAGCCGAGCAAAUGUACCCUCAUCAAGAACUGAGAAGGACACAGAAGAAAGAAUGGCAUUAUCUGCCAAGUUGAAUUCUAAACCUAGUUCUUCGGAUCAGAAUGUGCAAGUGCAGCAGCUAAAUAGCAUUGUGUUGGGCAUAAGAGCUCAAAGCAACAAUAAAUCUUCAGAGAGGUCUGCAAAAGGCAGAAAGACUAGUGAUUCUAAUCGUCACCAUCAAGUACCUGAACAUCAAUCUGAUUGUGCCCAAGUGAUUGGAUCCUUGACAUCAACUGAGAGGGACAAAGGAGAAAGGCUGCCAUUAUCUGUCCAACCAAUGUUUCCAGCUAACUCGAACCAGGUAGCUUCGUCAAUGUACUUAACACUGCCUACUGUGUUAACAAAGCCUCAUGUAGCAAACCAUAGGUUUGAUACAUCUUCAUUGAACUCUAUUCAACCAAGACUUGCUGGGAAUCAAAUAGGCUUGAGUUCAGAAAGACCGAAUCUGUUACUAGGUUCAAGCAGUCUUCAUGGAUACUUUCAGGACAUGCAGCCAGAGGAAAGAAGUAGAAACUUUGCUCAAGUGAGUUCGAGAGGCAUCAGUUACUUCAAUCAAAAUAGCACGUCAUCAAUUUUUGGAAAUGGACUCCCAGAUCCAUUUCUUCAGGCCGUAAAUAGUAAUUUUAAUAUUCCAACCCAAGUCAGCUUGGAAAAUCUAGCUCGAGAAAGCAGCAUGCCAAGCCUAAGCAUGAGAGGAGGAGCCACGAGGCUUCCAGGGGGGAGCUACUCUUUCUCAGAACAGUUUACAGCCAGCAACUUUCUCAACCAUUCUAGUUUCAAAGUAGAUGGUAGACUAAUGGCAUAUCAAGAUGGUUAUCAAUUCCCAAAAUAGUUUUUCAUUAGAGGCGAAUACUGAGCAGGAACGAAAAUUGUACUCAACUAUGGGCCCCGAGAUCCUAAACAUCUCUUUAUUGUUUUUGCCUAGCUUCAAUGUUUAACAGUUGUAAGAGAGAGCAAUUUUGAUACUUUCAAAGACCCUUCACCUGGCAAUAUACUAGGAAAGUGGCAUUUGGAGUGUGUACACGUCUUGAUAGAUACUGUAAUUUAACAUUGGCACAAGUGAGAUAAGGGAUGCUCUUUCAAUUAA